CGCCCUCUUUGGCUAUAAAUCUACCCCGAGUUAGUUUGAUGAAGCGUCUUUUUAUGAUAUCAAGAUUGCUCUAUCUGUCCAUUAUUUACCCAAACAGACUACAGACCAUUAGUGUUUUUCCUAUGGAUAUGCUAGCUUCUUUUUUUGCUUCCAACUACGCGUUAUAUGCCAAUGACCCGCGUCAUUUCGGUAUGUGGUUCCCCGCCACUUCCCAUCAACCUACACCAUACUCGGCACUGAUUCAUCCCUAUCCCUCCACUGAUGGGAGACACCUUAUUAAAACACCGCCAGAGAGAAUAGAAAGUCGCAAAAAAGAAACAAAAACUGAAACGGUCAAUUUUUCUAUAGAAAAUAUUCUACGGGAUAAAUCAUCUACUAAGGAGGACGAUCAGCAGAGUCUGUUUGACACCACUACUGCAGAUAAUCCAGAGAAGGAAGAUGACACAACCACACAAUUUUCCUGGCUUCAGUGCACGAGAUACAAGCCGCCAAAACUACCGCGUCUCAAAAAGAAAGAUGGAAUGAAAAAAAGAAAACUAGGCAGAAAUCCUCGUGUACCAUUUACCCAACAUCAGGUGGCUGUUUUGGAACACAAGUUUCGUCGGACUCAUUACCUUAGUAGCAUGGAUGUGGCCGAGCUUUCAACAGCACUCAGUCUCACAGAAAACAGAGUAAAGAUAUGGUUCCAGAACAGAAGAGCGAGAGAGAGGCGGGACCGGGAGGCAAUACAAAGAAACCAAACCAUUCAACCCUCAUCCUCCGAGACAAUCGGUCCCACAGAGUGGCCAUAUCCAGUAUCUCGCCCAAACAGCACACAGUGUGGGGAGUCUUUACACGACACCCGUUCUGUAUUUUCUCUUAUUUCAACCUCAAAUUAACUCUUCUUUGUCCUCCCUUUAAUACUUGUAUGCAGAUGGCGAACGUCACAGGCUGUAGAAAAAUUAUACAGGCUAACUUUUAUAAUUGCUACAUUGUUAGCAAAUUGAUGAGAUAGAAUGAAAUGACAGCAGGAAGUCGUGAUUACUACGAUAAACUGUAAUAACAUGUAUACAUAGUCAUUUGUGGGUAUUUCGAAUCACAUCGCGUUUCGUGUUUUCGAAAGUUUGAAGUUUUUUCUUUGUAAUGUACGAAACAUCAAGAUAUGGAAGUACCAAAAAUUCAUCAUGAACAAUAUAUGUUAUCUAUAUAAGUCAUCAUGAUCAAUCUAUAAGUUGUCUAUAUACGAAAUUGAAAAUCCUCUAUGCUAUACGCUAUCCUCAAUAGAGAAAUUUUGAAAACUAAAAACGCUGUUUCUCAUUUAUCAUGUAGCCUUGAUCAUUGAAGAAAAUUGACAAAAAACAUGUUCAUCAUAAGCUUUCAAAAACUGUAGAUUUUUCUGUCUUUUUUGUUUGUUUGUUUUUUUUUUUACAAAAUCAAUCAAAAGUAGGCCUAAUUAAUUGCAUUUCAACUUCCUUCUGUUUGGGGUAUUUCAAAUCACUUGUGUACACAGUGAAGGCGCCCGCACAUAUAAGGGCUUACCCCACAUGUUUGUUGAAUAUGUUUUGUUGAUUUGUUUUUGCUUAAUAUGUUCAGUUCAGUUUAUUUUCAUCCAAACCCAUUGAAUGUGUUUACACGUGCACAAUAUCAUUGUGGAGGAAAAACAGAAAAUAAAUGGGGUGAACAAACCAUAUGAUUAGUUUUUAAUCUAAUUUAAACAUUUUUAUUAUGCAUCACAUUAACGGAUGGUUAUAAACAGGUAUUACAUCUUCCAAUUAUUAUUCGCUCUAUUUCUUACGGAAACGUAUAUAGUUAAUUCAUAGCUCAAUAGAAACAGCCAGACUGAAAUCGACACGACCGUUUAUCGAUUGGUAUAUAUUUACAUCUUCCAAUUAUUAUUCGCUCUAUUUCUUACGAAAACUUAUAGUUAAUUCAUAGCUCAAUAGAAACAGCCAGACUGAAACCGACACGACCGUUUAUCGAUUGGUCGAAAUAUACAGCGGCUGAAACUGACAAGAAAACUGAGAGGACUGAAAAGGACACACCCUGUUUAUCGGUUGGUCGAAACCUACUGCGACCUAAGAAAAAUCUAUGUAAGUUUUUUUCUGCAAUGAUCGCUACCUUCAUCAGGUCGAGACCACUAGAUUUUGUGAAGUCGGCAUAAAUUUGCAUACAAAAUUAGCUAUCUGUUUACUUUUAUUGACAAACCAAUCAGGUGAAUGAGUUGCAAGGCUUUGUGGGCUACUACAAGUUUCAGUGUAUACAAAGCAUAUUGAAAAUAUAUACCAUUUUGAAUUGUUCUUUGGAAACUCAUUUUCAAUUUUUUUUUCAGAAUUAAUGAAAUAAAUAUAUUAAAUCAUGUUGAUCUUUCAUUUCUAUGCGCAUAUUUGAAAAAUAUUGCCUAUGAGGCCUUAUAUCAAACCUAUUUUAAUACCCCAUUGUUAAAGUUCAAGAGAGGUACGUCCUAUUUUAUUAGAAGCAUGAGUACGUUUUUCACGUGAUGCCUCAGGUUUGGGACAACAUUAGUAGAAUUUUGAAAUUUUCUUCAGGGACACUCAUCAGAAUGCUUAGUGUACAAAAUACUACAUGAUCCAUAACUUGUACUUCUGUAUUUGUAUAUUUGUUCAUUACUACUAUCGUGGCUAUUUACGCAUGUUAAAAAUGUACAAUUACCUGCAUUUAUAAACAAUUAUGCAGUUUUUCCUUAUCAAAAUUUGCUUGUACUUGUAUGUGUAUGUAUGCCAAUCUAUUGACACUGAUCGAUUUUUGAAGCAUCAAUUGAUAAAUUAAAACAACAGUAUUUUUCAAUGUGAGCAUGGAAUAAA